AUGGCGUCUAGGAAUCGUUCAGGUAACGGGUUACCAGGCCAGGCGGGCACGGAAGUCGAUUGGGCGACGAUUGUACGACCCGAUCCUCCGUUCGUUCGGUGGAUUAAGGAGCAUCACGCUGCCGCGUUAACCCGCUGCGACGCCGACGAAAACAUCGAAAGCCACGACGACGACUUCAACGACGACUUUGGUGACGACUUCAGCGACGACUUCGGCGACGGCGACGACGAUGGCGAAAGCGAUGCCGAAAACGACGGCGAGUCGGACGACUCGUACGAUAUCGACGAGUACCACCUCAGAGAGCGGUUCGGAAGGCCGUAUGACUCAACGGAAGAGUUGUUUCGAGACAGGGAAGCGGAUCGAAACAGGGAAACGGAUCGAAACAGGGAAACGGAUCGAGACAGAGAAACGGAUGCAGAGGCCGAAACGGGACGCGUGGAGGAACCGGGUCGCGUGGUGCAACCGGGUGGCCUCGAGGUCCCUUGGUACGAACUUCAAGAAGGCGAGAAGGAAGGAGAGGAAUUGGCGGAGCUCGCGGCGCGGAAGAUGAGUCAGUGGAGCGAUGCGGAGCUGAUGGAGCUCGCAGCGGCUGUCGUUUUCUGCCGGCACAGCGGGGAAGUCACGAUACGGAGCGGCGGUAGGGGGGACAUAUACUGGCGGCAGGUGUGGCGCGCGAUCCGGCGUGGGAACCCCGAAUGGCGGCGCAUCCCGACAGCGAUGGCGAAGCAGUGGGUGCGCAUGAAAGCGCGAUACGACGCGGAGACGCACGACCCGCGGCGGAAGCGGCGGCGGCGGAAGCCGGGGGGGACGGGGCGGUGCCCCGCGAAGGGGAGGCCGCCGGGGGGCGCGGAGCAGCAGGCGGGGGGGGGCUCAGUUGAGCAGCGGCAGGGAGGGUCUACUAACGCGGAUGAGCAACUUAAUGACGAGUCAGGGGGGAACACAGGGGCGAAGGCAAAGGUGAGGGGAAGGCCCAAGGGGGGAUGGUGGAUUGGGACAAAACCAGCAUGGGGGCCGGGGGCAGAACCAGCAUGGUUUGAGUACAUUCGACUGUUCUAUGAAACUGAGCUUCAGGCGAGGAAAUGCGUGGCAGCCAAAAAGGCUAGAAGAGCAGGUAGAGUGUCUGCUGCUGCUGCUGCUGCUGCUGCUAAGGUGUUUACGGCAAGGAAGCAGCCGGCUGAAAUGCCGGCUUAUGCGUUCCCUAAGAGCAUUGGUUCAGGGUGGGGAGAGUCUGUUAGGCAACGGCAGGAGCAGCAGCAGCAGCAGCAGCAGCAGCAACAGGAGCAGGAGCAGCAGCAGCAGCAGCAGCAGCAGCAGCAGCAGCAGCAGCAGCAGCAGCAGCAGCAGCAGCAGCAGCAGCAGCAGCAGCAGCAGCAGCAGGGGCAGCAGGGGCAGCAGGGGCAGCAGGGGCAGCAGGGGCAGCAGGGGCAGCAGGGGCAGCAGGGGCAGCAGGGGCAGCAGGGGCAGCAGGGGCAGCAGGGGCAGCAGGGGCAGCAGGGGCAGCAGGGGCAGCAGGGGCAGCAGGGGCAGCAGGGGCAGCAGGGGCAGCAGGGGCAGCAGCAGGGGCAGCAGGGGCAGCAGGGGCAGCAGGGGCAGCAGCAGCAGCAACAGCAGCAACAACAGCAACAACAUCAGCAACAGCCGCAACAACAGAAUCAGCAGCAACAGCCGCAACACCAGCAGCAACAGCAGCAGCAGCAACAGCAGCAACAACAGCAGCAGCAGCAGCAACAGCAGCAGCAACAACAGCAGCAGCAGCAACAGCAGCAGCAGCAACAGCAGGGAUACAACGGGCCAUUACUAUUACCAUCACCAUCACCAUUCCCGUUCCCGUUCCCAUCACCGUUCCAGUUCCCGUUUCUGCCGUUCUCUUCACCCUUCGCGCUUCUCCCUUUACCAGCAGCAGUGCCACCCACUGUCUCUCCUUUUGCACCUGCUGAGAGGCAGAGGCAACCCUCUGAAUCAAGGCAACCCUCUGACUCAAGGCAACCCUCUGACUCUAGGCAACCCUCUGACAACUAUUUGCAGAGCCUGCGUAACAAAGUCGCGCCUAUUCCUGCUCCCACCGCUACAGAUCCGAUUCAUGACAUCAUGCGAAAAUACACUGACUCGACGCAAGGACGUGGGGACUCGACGCAUCAGGCAAGGGGAUAUGGUGCAUCAGGCAACAGCAUGUUGCGCGUGCCUGGUAACAGGGUUACGUUUGCUGCUGGCGCUACAUCCCCCCUGCCUGCUACACCCCCCCUGCCCGCUACAGCCCCCCUUCCUGCCACAGCCCCACUUCCUGCUGCAAAUUUUCACUCGGCGAGUUAUGAACCGGCAUCAACCCACAGACAAGGUGCAGAAGCACCAGCGGAUGAUUUGACUUCUGGGGGUGUCUCACUGCGUGAAAGCAAUGGUAGGAGGGAGCAGAAAGAUAGGGAUGGUAGGAGGGAGCAGCGAGAGCGGAAUGAGAGGAGAUCUGCAAGGAUGGGAGCAGAGGGAUUCACAGGAGGUGGAAAGGAUUCGAGCGCAGGGGUUUCGGGCGAGAGGUGGGGCGAGAGGCGGGGCGAGAGGUUGGGCGAGAGGUUGACUGCAGCGAUGGGUGCUGCGGUGAGAAACGCGUGCAUUCAGUUUGAUGAGCUCACUCGGGAGUUGCUGCAUGAUGCGUACACGCGGUUUGAGGAGCUUUCUCAGAAACUGGCACAGGAUGCUUCUGUGGAUGCUCACUCGCGGUUUGAGGAGCUUUCACAGCGAGUGGAGGAGGAUGCUAGCAUGCAGUUUGAGGAGAUUGCGAGAGAGCUAAUGGAGGAGACUGCGGCGGCUUGCUGA